AUCACUCGCGGUCCGACCACUGUGCGGCGCGGACGACGCCUGCGCGCCAACCGGUCAUCGGACAUAACUUUUCAACAUUCGUCUUCUCUUAAUUUUGGACCACCAUGAGGACCGGAGGGGUCCCGCUAGCGGCCCUUCUGCUCGUCCUCGCCUCAUCAGUGUUGCAGGUGUCAAACGCGAGUGACAUCUACUGGGAGGGAGAAGAGGAGGCAUCCAAUGAGUUUCUCGAGGUCAACAAGGAGGACUCGUCCAUACUAGAUCAUCUUAAGCGGCUAAAACGUGACUCAUGGCUAUCCUUCGAUCCCCUUGGCCUUUGGAAUAAUAAUAAAGAGUCUGAAGCCGAAAAAGAAACUGUCACGGAGAGCAACAUCGAUGACAAUGCCAGUUUCGGCAAAGAAGACGAUUUGGACGCUGGCUCCGGGUCGGCCGACAAGUCGGAGUCGGAACUCAAAGAAAAGACUCUCCGUGUGACCUUCCUGGUGAUGGAGCCGUACAUUCCAGCGUACUCCAACAGGGAUUCACCAGAGUUCCAGAAUCUCUCUCGUUCUCUGGCGAAUGCCGUGGACUUGCUGUUCGAGAACUUGCCUGGCACGCAGCGAUCCAGUCUAGUCAGAAUACAAUCGUUGGUGAAUGACGAUUUCCUGUGCAAAGUAACAUUGGACAUUGUUACAACAAGAAACGAAGACACAGAUCAAAUUAAGGAAAUCUUGAGGAACCACAUACAAACUAUUGGCCGUCUCGGAGAAUACACUGUCAGUUAUGACGAUUUCAGCGCUCAGCUGAUUGACCCAGCCUCCAGUUUUACGGCUGAAGAACAAGAGCCACCUGUCGAUUAUGAAAAUAACAUAAGCGAUAAGGACGAUCCAACAUACGCUACAACUCCAGACUACCGCAAUUCUUAUACUUCAUCAGAUGAUCAAAAUUCUAACACUUCACCAGAUCUUCAAAAUAAUUAUGAUGAAACACCGUACGAUCCAAAUUCGAAUGGGUCACCCGAUGACCCUAAUUCGAAUGGAUCACCCGAUGAUCAGAAUUCUAACGUUUCUCCAGAUGACCCAUACUCCACACCAGACGACAGAAAUUCUAACAGUUCACCAGAUGGUCAGGACCCAUAUUCUUCUCCAGACGAUAGGAAUUCUAAUGGUUCACCAGAUGAUCAGGACCCAUAUUCGUCUCCAGACGACAGGAAUUCUAAUGGUUCACCAGAUAAUCAAGACCCAUUUGCUUCACCAGACGAUAGGAAUUCUAAUGGUUCACCAGACAAUCAAGACCCAUAUUCUUCUCCAGACGAUAGGAAUUCUAACGGUUCACCAGACAACCAAGACCCAUAUUCUUCUAAUGGUUCACCAGAUAAUCAAGAUCCAUAUUCUUCUCCAGACGAUCCGAAUUCUAAUGCUAUCCCAGAUGAUCGUAAUUCUAAUGGUUCACCAGAUGACAAUAAUUAUGAACAAACUGUUGAACAAGGCUCAAACCAAAGCCCAGAGUCAAGGCGAAGAGGUGACAUUUCACCGAACUAUGACCAAUACGAAACUAACUAUGAUCAAAACUCUAGCGCUUUUCCCGGCGAGGGGCAGAAUGGAGACAAUUCUGGUCAAACUGUUUCACCAGCUCUUCCAGAGACGACACCGAGCUACAAUCCGGCAUCCCAGGAUUGCCCGUUUUCAUACAUGCGCUGCGACGAAUCGCGUUGCGUGGAAAACAGCCGCCGAUGCGACGGGAUCUACGACUGCACCGAUGGAACUGACGAGGACAACUGCCCUGACAGAACGUGUGGAGCCGACGAUUUCCAUUGUAGAAGCGGACACUGUAUCGAAUCUAGCCGCCGAUGUAACAACGUCUACGACUGUCCGGAUCAGGAUGACGAGCUCGGUUGCGAUUGCCGACCGGACGAAUUCCGAUGCGAGAGUGACGGGCUCUGCAUUGAAGAACGCAAGCGAUGCGACAACGAACAACAUUGCUCGGACGGCUCCGAUGAAUUGGACUGUGCCACUGGCUACUUUAAAUGCAGAAGUGGCAAGAUCAUACACGAGUCUCUUAGAUGCAAUCGUCACUAUGAUUGUGCGCAUGGCGAUUAUUCCGACGAACAAAAUUGUCCAUGUGGUGCGAGCGACUUCAAAUGUGAUAAUGGACACUGCAUACCUGCAUCCAAACAUUGCGACCGAACGCAUGAUUGUCAGGACGGUUCAGACGAACGCGAUUGCUCUUAUGGCACAGUUUGCAUGGCUUAUGAAUAUGAAUGCACGAGUGGAAAGUGCGUGCAAGCCGAUGCCAGAUGCAACGGGACGCUGGACUGCGACGAUGGCAGCGACGAGGCCAACUGCUCUUGCAAAAGGGACCAAUACCCGUGUCGGGACGGUUCUUGUAUAAAUAUAUCCUAUCUUUGUAACGGUAGAGACGAUUGCAGUCAAGGCGAAGACGAAUACAAUUGUGGUGCACCCUGUCCAUCGGACCGUAUAGCUUGCAGUGCAGGCUCUCGACUGGUGUGUGCGGAGAAAUGUAACGAUGUCCGCGAAUGUGACAGCGGAGAAGAUGAGGAAGACUGCGAAGCGUGUGCCCACUCAUGCGACGGUGGCUGUUUAAUGGCCACUCAGAUUUGCGACGGACGGCCCGACUGUCGCGACGGAUCGGAUGAGUUCGACUGCUACCACUGUGACCGACCUGGUGACUUCAGAUGCGACUCCAAUGAGUGCAUACCGUACUCGCUGCGGUGCAAUGGAAUCAAUGAAUGUGCUGAUGGCAGUGAUGAGCUGAACUGCAACAAGACCAUGGUCACGGACCCAGAACAACCAUGCACACCGGACCAGUUCCAAUGCGAGUCUAACCACGUCUGCAUCGACCGGGCGUUCUUCUGCGACUACCACAACGACUGUGUUGAUGGUUCUGACGAAGCCAACUGUGCCUGCCCUGAGGAUAGCUUCCAAUGUCGCGAAACCGGAGAAUGCCUCCCCACCUCAACCUUCUGUGACGGCAACAGGGACUGCAGUGACGGAUCUGAUGAGUACAACUGCCCACCGUCAACCACCACCAGGAUACCUUUCAUUCCUUACCCACAGCCCACAACCGAGGACCCUUACUAUACCACCAGAGGAUCCCCUCCUGCUUUGGACUUGAAGACAUACCCAGACAGCCAGUCCGUUAGACACGUGAUUUCUGGUGGUGAUGUGGUGUUCCAAUGUCGUGACAUUGGUCCCAUACGAGCUCGAGUCCAGUGGGUCAGAGAUGGCGCCAGGAUCAAGAACGGUUCCACCGACAUCAAUGGGCGUUUGGAAAUGUUCCAAGUUACCGAAGUCGAUGCCGGUACAUACACUUGUCAAGCGAGAGAUUACUUGAGCUACCCCGGUUCUCAAGUACGCGUCGUGUUGGUUGUGGAGCCUCCUUCCGUUACGUACAGGCCUCAGAGACCCUCUUGCGGUCCCAACGAAGCUACUUGUGGUAAUGGUCAAUGUAUUCCCAAGUCUGCUGUUUGUGACAACAAUAUCGACUGUGCUGAUCAUUCCGAUGAGGAUAACUGCCAUCACCAAGGCAUGUGUGAACCGAAUCAAUUCAAAUGUAGAAAUCGUAAAUGUGUGCUCAAGAGUUGGAUCUGCGACUCAGAAGAUGAUUGUGGAGAUUCCUCAGAUGAAGUGAACUGCGGUUACCAUGCUGCGGGCAGCAAAUGUUCACCGGUCGAAUUUACUUGCAAGUCCCAGGAACAGUGCAUUCCUAAGAGUUUCCACUGCGAUGGACAGAGUGACUGUCAGGACGGAUCUGAUGAAUAUGGAUGCAUUCCUAUCCACGUAACACGGCCGCCGUACCCAUCUAACGUAAAACUGAACCCUGGCGAUACCCUGACGCUGACCUGCGAAGCUGUAGGAGUUCCGAUCCCAUUGAUCUCAUGGCGUUUGAACUGGGGACAUGUUCCUGCUAAGUGCACCUGGACCAGCGAUAGAGGUAUCGGUGUCCUGACAUGCCCUAACAUGCAGCCUGAAGACAGUGGAGCAUACUCUUGCGAAGCUAUCAACAACAAAGGAACAACAUUCGCAGCACCCGACGCCAUUGUUCAAGUCACCAAAACGGAUCCAUGCCCUCGUGGAUACUUCAAUAACGAAGCGCGUUCAGAAAACGAGUGCAUUCGUUGCUUCUGCUUCGGCAAAUCAAACCAAUGUCGUAGCGCUGAUCUGUUCACAUACAACAUGCCGACUCCAUUGGGACAAGGAGGAACCAGACUUAUUGGCAUCAAGCAAUCCCUUAGUGGAGACAUUAUCAUUGAUUCGCAGCCGAUCAACAGCCAGUAUUACUACCAAUCUUUGGAUAAUGGUGCCACGAUUACCAAAUUCGGUGGUUCAUCAUACCCGUCAUACUCAAGCGCACAUCCCUACAUCACCUUACCAGAGGAUUACAAUGGCAACCAGCUCAAGUCUUACGGAGGACACAUCAAGUACACCGUGUCUCCACACACCCAAGUAUUCGGGUUCGAUGACAGCAUUCCAACUAUCAUUAUUAAGGGCAAAUACGGUAACCUGUUCCACGUCAGCCGUGCUGGUGGUUCUCGAGACCUUAACAUCGAAGCUCGCCUUACUCCCGAAAACUGGAUGAAGAACAGUUCCAGCGGAUUUACAUCUGCUUCCAGAGAAGACAUUAUGAUGGCUUUGGAUGAAAUUGAAAUGAUCCUUCUGCGCGCUGACUUGAACAAUGCUGGAGUGAACAUCACCGAUUUUGAGAUGGAAUCUGCUGAACAUAUCAAUGUGGGCCGUGGAGCCGCUAGUCUGGUGGAAGAGUGCACUUGCCCUAAGGAAUACAUUGGACUUUCUUGCCAGAAAUGCGCCUCUGGCUACGUUCGUAAGAAGGUUGGACCUUGGCUCGGAGACUGUAUGCCUGAGGAGUGCCCACCCGGCACAUAUGGCGAUCCUUCAAGUGGAAUUCCCUGCAAACAAUGCCCUUGUCCUCUGACCAACCGCGACAAUCAGUUUGCAAGAACCUGCUCUCUGGGACCAGAUGGAUCAGUUAACUGUGAUUGCUUCCCUGGUUACGAAGGCAAGCACUGCGAAGUUUGUGCCCCAGGCUAUGAAGGUAACCCAAUGAUCCCCGGCGAUGUAUGCAGACCACAAGUACGUGACAACUGCAACCCCACUGGCACCAAGCAAAUCCGCCCGCCUGACGAGUGCGUUUGCAAAGAUAACGUCCAGGGACGCUACUGUGAUCAGUGCAAGAACGACUCGUUCUACCUAUCUACUGACUUCAGACAUGGCUGUGCUUUGUGCUUCUGUUCGGGAGUAUCCCAACAAUGUAUGAGCAGUAAUCUCCGACGCAAGACGAUCAGCGUGCAGUUUAACGUGCCACAAAUCGUGGAUCAAGUGAAGAUCUACAACAUCUCGCCUACCGGCCCACCUGGCUCCGUCAGAUACACAGCCCCAGUUGAAACCGAGCUGAAACCAGAAUUGUACCGCGGUGAUAUCUCGCUGAAUAAUAUUGAUCGUUCUAGAUCAACAGUUUACUACUGGAGUCUUCCCGUCAGUUUUGCUGGUGACAAGGUAACAUCAUACGGCGGUUCACUGCAAUACGUACUCAAGAAUGUUCCCACCAUCAGAUCGAGCGACCCCAGAUACAGGAACAGCGCAGCUGAUGUCCAACUCAUCAGUGAUAAUCGACUGACUAUCCACUACUUCGGUGAUUUCGAAGCCUCUCAUGAUGGUAUCUUGAAUGCUAGCGUACAGUUCUUAGAAAAAGGAUGGCAGAGGCCUGAUGGCAAGGAAGUAUUACGGGAGCACUUCCUCUUAGCCCUCGCUGAUGUCAAGACGAUCCUGAUAAAGGCUACGUACUCCCCGGGAACAGAACUGGCUUCUCCAGUCAGUGCAAGCAUCGAAGUCGCUGAACCCGACGCAUAUGGACCCACUGCUUCUCAUGUAGAGCAAUGUGUGUGCCCACCUGGUUACAUCGGAACCUCUUGCGAAGACUGCGCUCCUGGUUACACAAGGAGUGAUGGUGGCCUGUACUUGAAGCUCUGUGAGCCUUGCUCGUGCAACGGAAAAUCUUCAAUGUGCAACCCUGAGACUGGAGUCUGCUAUGAUUGUGCUGACAACACUGCCGGUGAAAACUGCGAGCAAUGCAAGCCUGGUUACAACCGCGAUCCUUACGGAAACUGCGUAGAAUAUCCACUAAGUACACCCGAACCAUGCCGUUGUGAUCCUCGAGGCACAACAGGACCUUGCGAUGAGACAGGCGAAUGUCCUUGCAAGCAGAACGUUGAAGGCGACUUCUGUGACCGUUGCCGGCCCGGGACAUUCGGUCUCGACUCCAACAACUUUGAUGGUUGCCUGUCCUGCUACUGCUCUGGCGUUACCACCGACUGUCACGAGGGCACCCACUACACAAGGAUUCCGAUGGCAGCACCAGUCUUAGGAGAGAACUACGGCGGUUACACCAUUACGGACCUCAAAGCCGAAAGGGUUAUCAAAGACAACUUCGUGCCCAUGUUCCAACAGAGCGAGCUCAUGUACACCUUCGGCUUCAGACCUGACGUCGAACUUUACUGGUCCAUUCCUAUCUUCCCUGGUAACCGAGUGCUGUCUUACGGCGGUAGCCUGUCGUUGAGACAGAAGUUCAACUCAGACGUAUACGAACAAUCUGAGAGAGGCACGGAUGUUGUGCUCGACGGUGGCGACAUCUCGAUAUACUGGACAAACCCCAACAACUUCCCGUCUGGCGUGUCUUAUAGCUAUCAAGUACCUCUGAAGGAGGAUGGCUGGUUCAUCCUAAACACCGUGAACCCAGCUACGCGAAGCAACUUCAUGAGUGUACUGAGGAACCUCAAGAGAGUGCUCGUGAGAGCAACUGUCGCUCCUAGCAUCUAUGAUACAGCUAUCGCUGACGUUUCCAUGGACACCGCUUCACAGAACUACGACGCUGUCCUUCCAUCUGCUAAAGGCAUUGAGAUCUGCAUGUGCCCGCCUGGCUACGCAGGAACUAGUUGUGAGAGUUGCCAGUCUGGGUACUACAAAGACCAAUUGGGAUACUGCCGACAGUGUUCUUGCAAUGGACACAACUGUCAAUUGAACAGCCAAGGCCAGGUCGUGUGUAGCUGCCAACCACCAUACACAGGAAGCGAUUGCUCAACCAUUGGAUUAAUAAUGGAACUGCAUCCAACUAUUCACGAAGUCGGCGAAGAUCUGUUACACAGAAGAGUGACAUUGACGUGCAAAUACCGUGCACCAGAACGCCUCACUAUAAAGUUUUACCAUGAGGGACGGGAACAAUACCCUGCAAAGAAUUAUUAUGCAGCGACCCUCCACAAGGAUGGAUGGCACUCCUCACAUUCCUGGGAUACAGUAUGGGAUAUUAGACGGCAAGGUGACAUUUAUGAAUGCCGCACGAUCACCGAAAGGGGAUACACACUCGGUGUACUGACCACGAGUCUUCCAGAACCAGGAGGAGAGUCCCAAGAAGUCGAUCAGACCACACAAUCUCCACCACCGGAGCCGACAGUUACCGUCAGGAUAACCAGCCCUACCAUCAAGAUUCAAGAAGUAGGGAGCAGCGUCAGCUUCACUUGCCAAGCACAAAGUCGCAACUCUAGAAUACGCCUGCCUGUCAGGUGGUCGAAGAGCGAUGGCAUCCUGCCUUUGGACAGGUCACAAGUUGACGAGAACGUGGGACUUCUUCUGAUCACCAACCUGCAAGUGUCGGACAGCGGGAAGUACAUUUGUCAGACCAGCGAUGGCAUCAACACAGCGCAAGCCAUUGCUACUCUAAAAGUACCCGGUAAUGUGAUGACGAUGCCCAUCGUGGAAAUAAUUCCAUCGGUAAAAGACUUCUAUGAAGGUGAUCUGAUUGAGUUAGACUGCAGCGUGCGAGGCAACCCUACACCCUCGAUUAGGUGGCAGAGAGGCUCAAACAGACCUCUUCCAUUAUCGGCUACUUACGUGGACAACCGACUCAUUAUUGAAAGCGCACAAGUAGAUGACUCUGGAGAAUACAGAUGUACUGCGUCGAACCAAGUGGGUUCUUCCGAUCGCACGGCGGUAAUAACAGUACGCCCGCGACCAUCGAGACCACAAAGACCGAAGCUCACAGUAUCUAUCCCAGCUCCCGUCGUAGAUGAGGGCCAGAGUAUCAGAAUCGCAUGUACAGGAACUGCAAACAUACCAGCGGGUAGCAUCGAAUGGGUUAGGCAAGAUAACGCAGUAUUCCCAGAGAACGUGCGAUCAGAAUACGGCGUGUUGUACAUCGAUUAUGCUCAACCAGACAACCGAGGUGUAUAUGUUUGUCAAUCGCGGAUCUCGGAUGUGUCUCCAGAGGCUAUCUUCGUUGAUGUAGUAUCUUCGAGCCCAGCUCCCAGCACCUACAACAUUAGUGCUUCUGUCGAUCGACUCAAGAUUCCAACUGGUGGAAGCGGAACCGUAGAAUGUAAUGUCGUAGGAAGACCCUUGCCCGUUGUGAAAUGGACCAAGCACGAAGGCUCGAUCGGCCCCGACUCCAGCCAACGUGGCAACACACUGAUCAUUAACAACGCGCGGGAGAGUGACCAAGGGUACUAUCUCUGCGAAGGCACCGUGAACAAUAACCCAGUAGCCAAUAUCUACGUUUUUGUCGAAAUUGAAAGACGAGAGCCCCCUAGAGUGGAAAUUUGGCCAUCGGAUAGCAAAGUACAAGCAGUGCCACUUGGAGGUGAGCACACACUCAUAUGCCGUGUCAUGGGAGGCAUCCCUGAGCCUGACGUCACAUGGAACAGGAAUGGAGGCCGUCCGCUGUCCAGAUUUACAGAGCUACAACCACACCAUGAACUGAAGUUCAACAAAAUAGAAGUCAACGACGAAGGAGAGUACACGUGCACUGCUCGCAACGAAGCUGGUACUGCAAGCGCAAGUGCCAUCAUCAAAGUGAGGGCGCUUCCAGAAAUCACCAUUACACCAAGCCCCUAUGUGCAACUUUCUUCUGGAGACCCUAUCAAUAUCGAGUGCAGAGCCAGUGGCUACCCAGAACCCCAAGUUUCUAUCCAGAUUGGUGAUUACCGCGAGGUCGUGCCUGCAUCAGCCGGUCAUGCUUCUCUUAGAAUACAGUCGGCCAGUGAACGCGACAGCGGUUUCUACACCUGCAUCGCUGCGAACGCCGCCGGCACUGUGAAGGAACAGUUCAGGGUCGUCGUCAACAGAGGAGACGGUGGAUACGACACGUCCUUCCCUGAUGAUGGAGGAAGCGGCGACGGCGAAAUUGACCCGGGUUCAAACGUGGAUCCAUCAUUCGAAGCUGAAGACAAUUUAAUCGCCCUUGAAGGAAAACCUGAAACCAUAUUGUACUGCCGUGUACCAGGCGACAACGUCAAAUGGAGCCGAGUUGAUAGACAACUUCAGAAUAAUGCCGUAGAAGACGGUACACGUCUAAUCAUCUACAAUGUGUCAAAGGAUGACGCUGGUAUGUACGUGUGCAACAUCUUCAACCAGUACAACGAAAUCCAGGAAGCUAUUUACACCAGCUUGGUUGUCAUCACUGCGCCUAAGAUCACUCUGCACCCGCCUAAGCAAACCGUGCACCCUGGACAGUCACCAACUGUCGAAUGCAUCGUGCAAGGAGAUGAUAUCAUCGACAUCACUUGGAGACCGCUCGACAGGGCACCUUCUAACCGUGUUGACACUCGCUCCUCUAGGCUGAUAUUCCACCAAAUCGAAGUAGAGGACGCCGGCCGUUAUGAAUGUAUGGCCAGGAGCCGAUACGCUAACUCGAGCGCCAUUGCGGAGGUCGUCGUCAGCGAAGAUCGUACGUCGUCGGUGUCGCACAACAGAGAUCACAGAGCUCACGUCGGCGAAGCCGUGCACCUCAGCUGCAACGUGUCGCAACCCAACGUUCGUAUCAUCUGGACGAAGAACGGCCGCCGCCUUCCUAACUCCGUCAGACAGAAAUCGGAUGGAUCACUCUUCAUCAAACUUGCAAAAAAAUCUGACUCCGGAAAAUAUAUAUGCAGCGUACAAGACGCUUAUGGACGCCUUGUUACUAGCACUUAUGUCAACCUCGACAUUCAGGGUUAUAAAUGCUUGGAAACGGAGUUUCCUUGUAAGGACUACUAUGGUUGUAUUGAGGAACACUUACUUUGCGAUGGAAUAAGGCACUGUCGAGACAAUAGCGAUGAGGAGAACUGCCUAUGGCGAGAUAAACGUUAUCUGGACAGGACUUGGAACAAUCACCUCACACAGGAUGGACCUCGUGAACCUUACCCUGAUUCGGAGCAGUUGGUAUCUAUCGAGCAGCCUCGAAGACAGUUCAGAGUUGGAGACAACGUGGAUGUACUGUGCAAGGGAAGAUCAGGAGAUGUCAAGCUUCAAUGGCUACGAGUAGGAACCAACCAAUAUGUGGCUUCGCUGUUAUACGGCGACGGCGUCAGACUGUCGCUCACCGGUGUCACUAGUGCUGAUGCAGGUGUCUACCGAUGCAUUGGUAACGACAACUUCGGACGUUCAGCUUACGAAGACUUCAACCUUGAAGUUCUACCAGGUGGUCCAUCUUACCCAGACUACGGAAGAGACGUUUCAGUUUCUGAGUACACAGCCCGACUACGCGACUCUGUGGAUCUACCAUGCAUUCACAACUUGGAAGAACCCGUCACCAUUGAAUGGAGAAGAGAGUUUGUGCCGCUGCCAGCUGAACUCAGACCUGACCAGCCUCACCUGUACUUCAGAUCAGUGACUGAGACCGACGCGGGUACUUACGUGUGCCGCGUCAGCAACAGCCGCGCCACAGUCGAAGCCAGAGCUAUCCUCACUGUUAUCGGAGUAGUUCCACGUUUUGGCGGAGAAAGCUUUGUCUCCCUGCCAACCCUGAGAGAUGCCUAUAAACAAUUUGAAAUUGAAAUUUCAUUCAAACCCAGCGAUAAAAAUGGUCUGAUUCUAUACAAUAGCGAGAACCAAGGCCGCGAAGGUGACUACAUUGGACUGCAACUUAAGGAUGGAGUACCAGAAUUCAUCAUGCACACUGGCUCUGAACCGCUCAUUGUGAAGGGAGACCGCCCUCUGCAGCUCAAUGCUUGGCACACUAUCAGAUUGAGUAGAGCAAAAUCUAAAGUUACAAUGGACGUGGACAACACUGGGCCAUUCAUCGCCGAGUCUCCUCAGCAAUGGGAGGUGCUAGAACUGAAACAACCUCUGUACAUCGGUGGUGUACCUGAUUACGAUCAACUGCCUGUUGACUUGGCUGGAGCUUCUGGAUUUAUCGGCUGCACGAGCAUGUUGCUAUUGGGCAAAGAGGAGAAGAACAUAAUGAUGGACAGUUACGAACGAAGCAGUCUAAGCGAGUGCAACUCUUGCGCUCCUAACCUAUGUCUCAACAACGGUGUCUGCCAGGAAGCCCGAAAUGAGCGUGGGUACAUUUGCAUCUGUGCUUCUGGCUACGCUGGACCGAACUGUGACCGGACCGGCGAGGCGUGCCGUCCCGGACUCUGUGGACCCGGCAAAUGCAUCGACAACACUGACCACGGAUAUAAAUGCGCUUGCCCUGUCACCCACACUGGCGCUAACUGCGAGAAAAAGCAAUCGAUUGAAUACCCAGCCUUCACUGGAAGCGCGUACUUGGCUAUCAAGCCUCCCGCACCAUCCCGCACCCUGAGAAUGAGUAUGAGGAUUAAGGCAGCAGCCCCAGUUUCCGACGGUAUCAUCAUGUAUUGCGCCGAGUCACCAAGAGGCUAUGGAGGAUUCACAUCGCUUGCUGUUCACGAUGAGCGCCUUGAAUUCCGUUACGAUCUCGGAGGAGGAAGUGUACCAGUUGUUCUAAUCAGCAACAGGACUUUGCCAGCCAACGAAUGGACCACCGUACAUAUUGCAAGAGUUGGCUCAGUCGUAUCCUUGAGAAUUAACUCCGUGCAUAGCUUCGAACAAAGGCUUGAGUCUCCUAAACGCGAUCUGAACCUGGAUACUCCAAUAUUCGUGGGUGGUGUCGACGACUCCAUUACUCUGAACAAUAACACCGGCGUCACUGGAGGAUUCAAUGGAUGCAUUGCAGACUUCAUGCUGCAUGGAGAAGCUGUGGACAUCGUGAACUCGACAAUCCAGUCUGCCAACGUGAAGGAAUGCAACGCCAUCCGAGGGGAUAUUCCUGAAAUGGAGAUUGGCUGCCAAUGCCACAACGGAGGUACCUGUACCACGGACUUAUCUACGUGCUCGUGCCCACCCGGCUUCGGAGGCUCUCUCUGCGAGUACCGCGUGCCAUCCUCCAUGAGGUCAUCCCGCCAGCCCCCUAGCGACCCCUGCGCGGUCCGUCCUUGCCGCAACGGAGGCACCUGCAGACCUGACCUGAACUCCAGAAUGAACCAUACCUGUGACUGUCCACUUGGAUACGCCGGCGUUUCCUGCCAGAUCUCUCUGGAGCUUCUAUCCAGCGUGGCUUUCAACGGCAACGGCUACCUAGAGCUGCCUUCCAGUCUGAUGAGAUACGAGGACUUGGCCAGUGACCCGGGCAUCAUCGCCUUGGCCAUAUUCACUACGCAAGAUGGAGUACUGCUUUACCAGAAGGAAACCGCGGCUCCUCCAUACUUCGGCGACUACAUUAUCCUAAGAAUUGAAAGAGGCUUCAUCGUAUUCGAAUGGGACAAUGGCGGCGGUAAAUCAUCGCUCUCUGUGGAAACCUUCGUCAAUGAUGGCGAACGUCACCAGAUAAUCGUGAAACUGCUGGAAGAUGGCCGUGUCACACUCUCAGUUGAUGGCAGGGAGAACUCUGGCACUAGCACUGGCAUAUCCAGCGUAAUGAAUGCUGACUCCAACAUCUAUAUCGGUGGUAUUCCGGACUUCUUGAACCAGCAGGGUUACCCAGGCUUCACGGGCUGCAUACACCAAGUCGAGCUGAUGGCUUCAGACCGAGGACUGAACCUUGGACAAGUGGCUGUUGCAGGCAGGAACACUCAACGAUGCAAGGAGCCAACCAGUUAUUACUAAGUCCAACGUGCGAACGAUAUUCUCCGACAACAUCAACGCAACCCUACGAUAGUACGACAAUGUAAAAAUAAUUUUAAACAAUCUGAUAUUAUUACAGUGUAAACUUCACCUUUCGACUGGUAAAUUUACGAAUCCAUUCGAAGCAAGAUUACAACUUGUUCUUUCAAUAAUAUAAUCAUGAAUUAAUGUUGUAUUAGUAUUAAGAUCCUUUGAAAACCAGACAAUACGGAUAGUUUAGUGGAAUUGAGAACGCGAAUGUUGUAUCAAUAUGUAAUGAUAAAUAACAUGUGGUGAGGUGUUUGACUGUUCGCGUAUACCGCAGCGGUGCUCCCCGGAGCAACAUUGUGUUUGGUGCCAUAAGAUGAAUUUUAAAUAUUGUAGUUAGGUUUCUAUGUAUUUACUAAUAACUUUUAAGUAUCCUGUUCUAUUUCCGCUUUUUCUCAAGUCAUUUUUUUAAUCUCUCUAAAUAUUUCAAACGCUUCCUUCUUUUCCUUUAGCUCCCAGUGAUAUAUUGUAAUUGUGCCAAAAGAGAUAAAUAUCAUUUUGUUUUAAUUUCAGCACUGCCAUUUUUAUCCUUAUGUUUAUUUUCUUUAUUUAAAUGUAAUGUGAACUUUCGCUUUUUAAGCAACGAAUAUACUAUUGUUAAGUACUUAUCUUUAUUAUGUGAAUAUAAAAUAUAAUUUUAAUAUAAUCGACUACGAUGGCAUUUAACUUAAUUAUUAUCGUCAGUGAUUAUGAUUAUUGUUAUCUAUUUUAAUUACAAAAUUAUAUAUAUGCAUUAAAUGUAUUUGUUGUUAACUUAUAUAAGACAAUUACAAAGUACUGAUAUUAUAUUUUAAAGUUAUAUAAAUUAUCUAUGGACGUCUGAACGAAGUGUUUAUCUAUAGAUUAUUUUAAACAAUUGUCUACGUAUGUAAUAUCUACCCGUAUACUUACUUCAAACUAAGUGAACAAAUUUGACUAACAAUAAAAUAUAAAAUAAAAUAA